AUGCCGCGGCAUUCUUAUAACACCUUUGAAUCGGCCGGUUCUAAAAGUACCAAACUCAAGGAGCAAGUUGAUUCGUUGCCUCUACAUUACGGCAAGGGGAAUUCACCGAGGAGAAAACAGGAUGGCGGGCCGUCCGAUGCUGAUUACCUCCUUCUUAAAGUGUCCGCCCUUAUUUCGGCGGUUGGAAUUUUUUGUGUGCUUGCCUAUUCUCUCCUCAUACAGCGAGUACCUCCUCGGCCUGAGCUUGAAGAUGUCAAGGGUACUUCGUUCUUGGAUCAUGAGACACCUAUCAGCGCAUUCGCGGGCAAAUCCUUCUUGAGACAUAACAUCCCUUUCAUCGACAUCCCCGAUUCGCUUAUCCAAGAUGUUUACUAUUACAGGUGGACAUCUAUCCAGCGUAAUCUUCGCUACAUCAGGGCAGGGACGGGCUAUAUGUGCACCGAGUUUGUUCAACCAGUUGGCUACGCCAAGGCUUUCGGUUCUAUCGAUGCCGCGGCUGGACAUCAGAUUGACGAGUCAAGAUGGUUGAGAGAUACCUUCUAUGGUGAUGACUAUAUCCAUCUCUAUACCCGUGGGCCAGCCGACGCGCUGCAAUACACACAAUGGAUCCUCGACGCAGCGAGUCGCCGUGCUAUGGUGACCGGAGACACCCAUUUUCUCGCUUCCCAGCUCGAUGACUUAAUUCGUAUAUGGCAUGAAUGGGAUCAAGUCUACGACGGGGCAGCUGGCUUAUACUACUACCAGCCAGUUUGGGAUGCUCAAGAAUUAUCACUGCCGGGUUUUAUUGCCGACCCUAAUGGGACUGAUUGGACUCUAAGGAAGGACGGCCCUGAUACCUUCAGACCUAGCCAUAAUGCUUAUAUGGUGGCAAACGCUAGGGCAAUAGCUCGGGCUGCCCACCUUGCCCGCGAUGGGUUUAGGGAGGCUCAAUUUUCCAUUAUGGCCGACAGCCUCGAAGAGGCUAUGUAUAAGAGGAUGUGGGCCCCGAGCAGCAGUUCUUCAUGGACAUCAUUCGGCCUAAUAACCCUAAUUUGA